CGCGAUUCAAUAAAACAAUUUUUACUGCAUAAAGAUGUUAUAGUACAAUCACCUACUGGAUCGGGCAAAACUCUUGCGUAUUUGUUAUCAGUUUUCGCAAUUUUGUUGAAAGUUAAGCAAAUAUGGUUGGCUAAAGAAACGGCCGCGUUAAUACUCGUACCAAAUCGUGAAUUGGCUCUGCAAAUUUUUGAUGUUGCUAAUCAUUUUGGAGAAGCAUUAAACAUAAGAAUUAGAGUUUUGCUUGGUGGAAAAAAAUCAAAAUAUUACGCCAAAAAAGUAGCCGAUGAAGGCUUUUCUCAUGGCUGUAACCUCAGUUCAUUGAUUAAUUUAAUCUAUCAUUGUGUCAUAUCAUUUUGUCGUUCCAUUUUCAGCGUGAAUGUUUUAAUUGCCACACCUGGAAGACUGGAACAUCUAAUCGUUUCAGAUGGCAAUUUCAAAAAGUCGCUAAAAUCAUUGGAAAUAUUAAUUGUUGAUGAAGCAGAUCGAUUCACUGAAAGUGUUUUCAAGAGGAGGUACUGUAAUGUUUUCACUUCUUCUAUUUUUUGUUUCGAAGAAAGCUUCUUCUAA